UAUGGACAAGAAACGAACAACCAUGCAAUAAAAACUAAAAAUAUUAUCUUGUUUCCGACAUAAUCCAUAGGGAUUCGAUUAGAUAAGGGAAAGGAUGGAGUAAUGUUGGACGUAUGAGACACAGAAGUGGUGUCCCAAAACUGGAUCCAGCACGCGUGACGAAUGACACGCAACCCAUUCUUUCGAGAUUAGAUCGUAUUGAUAUCAUGGUGAGGAAGCUAGAGGAGAUGAGAUUAGGAAGCUCACGGAGAAGCUCGAGCCCAUCUACUCCGUCUAGCGGGACUCAGCCGUCGUCGUCACUGGAUCUGUCUUCGCCUAGGAGCAUAGGGAAGGUUCAGUGCCGUUCGAUGGAGCAAGUGAUGGAAGAGACUGAGAGGAAAGGAAGUUUGCUAGAGAGACUAAACAAUGUGGAGGAGCAAGUUCUUAAGCUGUGUUUACAUUUUGAAAAAGAGGUAGAAGAAGAAGAGAGAAAGAAAGAUGAUAAGAAGAAGAAGAAGGGAUUGAGAAAGUUCGUUGAUAAAGUAGUUGGAUCUUCUUCUCCCACGAAGAGCCAUUCCAAGAGCUGGCGUUGCUGAGCCAUUUUACUUUGCUCAUCUUCUUCCAUCAUCGAUGUAUAAUUCAUCUUUUUAUUUGAAAAAUGUGGUUUUUAUUUUCUUUUAUUGAGGACUCGUAUUAGACUGUUUGUUGGUGGAUUUUGAUGAAAUAAACAUACUUCUCGGAAACAA